UCGCCCCACUCACACUCUCACAGAGCGCGGCGUUGACAGCCACUGAUCAACCCACUUUGUCGGGGUUUGUGUCUUCAUGCAAGAGUGCUGAAAAAGAAACUCUGACUUUCUUUUUAUUCUUGCAAAGCAAUCGUGCACAGCCAACCCGAAGAGACCGUCCACGGCUGCAAAAUUCACUGAAAAAGUGAAAACAAAAAACCUCUGAAGUUACUUUUUUCUAGAAUCCCCACUGUCUCUGCACAACAAUGUCUGGAGAGGACGCACCUGCCCAGCAGCAAAACGCCGUGGACCAGAAGCAGGACACCAAGCCCGCCGAGGAACCCAAAGCCGAGCCGCCCAAGACGGAGUCCGCGGAGGCAGCGGCCACCCCGGCGGUGACUACCGAGAAGGCCCCCGAGGAGGAGACGUUCACCUACCGCUCUCUGGUGCUCACCGGCUACGGAGGCUAUGAUAAAGUCAAGCUGCAGGUGAAGAAGGGCAAGCCGGUGCUCAAAGCUGGCGAGGUUAUGGUCCAAGUCAAGGUCUGCGGGCUCAACUUCGCCGACCUGAUGGCCAGACAGGGUCUCUACGACCGGCUGCCGUCCCCUCCGGUUACCCCGGGAAUGGAGUGCUCCGGGGUGGUGGAGGCUGUGGGAGAAGAAGUAACUGACAGAAAAGUUGGUGAUAAGGUGAUGGUGCUGAAUCGCUUUGGGUUGUGGCAAGAGGUGGCUGUGGUGCCAGCCGGCCACACCUUCCUUAUCCCAGAGGGAAUGAGUUUUGAGGAGGCAGCUGCCCUCUCAGUCAACUACAUCACCGCCUACCUGAUGCUGUUUGACUUUGGCAACCUGCGGCCCAACCAGAGCGUCCUCAUCCAUGCUGCUGCAGGUGGCGUUGGCAUUGCAGCCACUCAGCUGUGCAAGACUGUGAAAGAUGUGACCGUGUUCGGCACUGCGUCAGCAAGCAAACAUGAGGCCAUCAGUCAGGGUGGAGUCACGCAUGCCAUCGACUAUCGCACCAGGGACUAUGUGGAGGAAGUUCGCAAGAUCAGUCCAAAAGGGCUGGACAUUGUGCUCGACCCUCUCGGAGGAUCAGACACCCACAAGGCCUACAAUCUGCUAAAGCCUAUGGGAAAGCUCAUCACCUAUGGUGCAGCCAACAUGCUGGCGGGUCAGAGGAAGAACCUGAUCGCCGUGGCUAAGAACUGGUACCACCAGUUCUCCAUCCACACGCUCAGCCUUAUUCAAGGCAACAAGUCCGUAUGCGGAUUUCACCUGGGCUACCUGGACGGGGAGAUGGAGCUUAUCACCCAGGCCAUGAACACCAUCGUGGAUCUUUACAAGCAGGGCAAAGUCAAACCCCGCAUCGACUCUACCUGGCAUCUGGAGCAGGUUGGCGAUGCUAUGAGAAAGAUGCAGGAGAGGAACAACAUUGGCAAGGUGAUCCUCACCACCGAGCCAAUGCCGGAGGAGGAGAAAAAGGAGGAAACCAAGAAGGAGGACAAGAAAGAGGACAAGAAGAAGGAGGAUAAGAAGAAGGAUGACAAGAAGAAGGACGAUGGAAAGAAGGAGGAGAAGAAGGAUGACAAGAAGAAAGAGGAGCCUAAAAAAGAGGAGAAGAAGGAAGAGAAGGAGGAGGAGAAGAAGGAAGAGGUCAAGAAGGAGGAGAACUGAGAGGCAAAGAUGGAUAGUCAAGCAGACCAGCAGCAGGGAGUUUGUGUCCUGGGAGCAGGGGAGGUGGCAGGGUUGAGCUUGGUGGUGGAGUUGCAGAGGGAUGGAGGUGGAGUGGUAGCAAAGAUGGGAAGGAGUUGGGAUAAAUUUGAAAUUAUCGCACCAAUCUCAUUCUUUUACCUCCCCUCUGCCUCACCUACUGGGUGAUUACUCAGGCCUGGCUGCUCCCACCUCCCUUUUCCUCUUCUGUUCUUUAUAUUUGCCUCUAAAGAAAAUAUGAUCCUACAACCCCGUAUAUGCUCUAAUCUCAUCUCCCACCCUCUCCUCUCACAGUGUUAAUCGAUUUUUGCUAUUUGGAAACAAAGCAUCAGGAGAGCCUUGGAGGAUGGUGGGUUUGGUCCAAGCCUGGGGGCAAAUUACCAUCUCCCUGACAACCUUAAUCUCCUUUCACACUCUGGCCCCACCCUUGACCCCCGAGCCGCCUCUGCAUCUCGACUCCCACCAUGCUAAAUUGUUCUGCUCUGACUUCCACCUGCCACCUCCGCUUUCCCCCCUCACUGUGCUGAGUUCCCCCCCACCACCACACUCACCUCCCACAGCAUCACCAGCCGGACCCACAGACAGGCACCAAAGGCAGGCGGAUAAACCGAGAACCACACCCACCCACUUGUAUGUUGUUUUCUGUGUCCAGCUCAGUUAUGUCACUAAGGAUGAGUCAGAGAUGCAUCUGAUUGGCUGAUGCACCUCACCUCCCUUGGAGAUAUUUUCAUUGUAGUUUCUGAUCAUCAUGUUUAACUACUUAGGAGCUACUGAGCAAAAGAAAUGCUUUCCCAUCAAAUUCCAAUCAAGUUCAUGUCGUUGCUUUGCUUGAAUAUGAAUUUCCUCUCAUAAUGAACCUUUCUGUACUCUGUUGAAUAGAGUGGCUGAUAUUAUUUUCCAGCUUCCUUCUCCUUAGUUACAGAUUUUUCUGGCUAACCAACUGUUGGCAAGAAGUGCAGGGUGUCAAUUAAGAGAGAAAUUGUUUCUGUGCAAACACACAGACAUGCACGCUCUAAAUCCGAUGAAAGAGCCACUGUCGCACCACGACAGUGAGGUGCUUGAAUUGAGCAAGUGAAAAAGGUUAAGGGUUUUUUUGGGGGGGUAUUUGUUUUCCUUUGCUCCAGACAUUCUUUCCUCCCUGGUCGUCCAAGAGGAAUUUCAUUGCAUUCCAUACUUCCUUUCGAUCACGCUGACCCAGGAGAGGCAAAUUCAGCCGGAGCUGUUGUCCAUGCUUUGCCUCCCCACCUCUUCCCUCUUCCUCCUCUUUCUGUUUCCCUCUAUAUGGUCGGCAUAGCAACAGGCGUCAGGCUCGUCAGAGAUGGCUCUGUAGUCUCUCUUUUUUCCUCCUCUAAUUCCCUCUCUCUGUGCCUUGUUCUCUCUGGGUUUGCUAGCAUUUGGUCCUGUCAGCCAGUAUUUCAACAGGUUGUAGAUGUUUUAGUAAUAUGAAUAAAAGGAGAAGGUGAAGCAGUUUUUAAGCAUUUAAUAUCACUAACCUAAUUUCAACCUAGUAUAAAAUCUGAAAUUUUAUAUUGGCAGUUGGGUUCAUAUCCAGCUAAGUUUUUAUAAUUGUUAUUAAUGACUAAUAUUAAAACUACGUCAGUAACUCCAACAAUGAAAAUAACUGGAAUGUCCCUUUUAAUAAUUACAGGGUUGUGAAAAAGUAUUUACCCCCUUACAGAUUUCUUUAGUUUUUGCUUUGCUUGCUAAAUUAGCACCUUGAUCCCCCCUGAUAGACAUUGUAAAUUGCAUCUCGGUGUCAUCAGCUUUAAACAUGACUCUUGCCUGCCUGCCUGCCUGUCUCUGAGUCUGGCUUCACUGUUCAGACUCAGAUGGUGACUAGUGACUUUGUAAAAAACAAACAAAAAAGUUGUUUCCAAAAAACAAAUGGAAAAAAAAAAGUUUUUGUGUUGGCAUGAGUGGCCUCCCUCAUGUGCUGUGUGUGGUGUGCCAUUGUGUGUGAAGAUGUGUGUGUGUCCUCAGGUCGUUUGUCAGGUUUUAAAAUCCCCCACCCUACCUGCCACAUUUCCACCUCACACGACUCUGCUACAGUAUGAUGUAGCGUCACAACGACCCUCCUUCCACCUCCAUCUCCCCCUCCUGUCUGAUAAGAGGCCUGUGUUACGAGGACAGUUGGUAUUAGUAUUUUGCACUCUGCUCGCUGAUCUUAAUGCACUUGCAAGCAUGGCGGUGGCACUCCUGUCCCACCCUGGCUUUUGGGGGAGGUUGGGGGUGGUGUUUUGCUCUACAUUUGCAGCCUGUAUCUCAUCCUUGCAGUGCAGGUGGCACAAACACAUUCACUUGUGUGAAGGUCCCCCUCAUUUGGGCCAACUUUUCAAAUGCAUUUAAUUUCUCCUUGGCUGUGGGAAGCAAAAUGCGGAGCUGGGUGAAAUGGACUGGGGUGCAACCGCCAUACUGGUGUGGGGAGUGAUGUGCUCUGUCAGCCUCUGGUUAGUGUUCUGUUCUAAUCUGCUGGGCUCCCUUUGUGAACCUGUGGACGGUGCUUCUGUUCCAGAGUGCCAUGUGAGAAGCAAUUGCUUCAGUAAAAAAAAAAGAAAGAAAAAAUGUUUUACUUACUAUGUUAUUUUUGAUUUACCUUUAUAUUUUUGUUUGAUUUUUAGUUAUCCAAGGGUUUAAAGUUCAAAGCUCAUACAGUACUCUGUGGGGACCUGCUAACCUGCACUCCUUUUAAAUGUGAUAAAGUUUGGUUUUUUUUUUGUUGGUCCAAACCAUGUGUGCCAAAUUGUAUGUAUAUUCCUCUGUCAAUGCUUUGAAUAUUAACAGUGCAUAAAAAUAUAUUUAAAAAAAAGAUUCUGCCUUUGGAUGCAUUUCCAUCAACCCGGAAGGAGAAAAAUUUAGAUAUGUAUCAGUUUUGUAUUUCAGACUAUCCUGGGACUUUUUCCUUGUAGCUUUCAAAACGUUUGUGAGUUUUUAUUGGUUGUUCAGGCUAAGGUCGGCACGGAGUUUCUCUCCAUCCACAGAGGUUACCUCAAUUCAAAGUGUUUGUGUCAUUUUCUUCCACAAUCAGAGUAUCCUUCUGUUGUGUUUACAACUGUAACAGCAACUAAAAGGAAGGAGAGAUCAGGACUCAAAACUUCACUAAAAGGACAACUAGAUUUCCCUUAAAAUUCAAAAUUUGCUGCAUUCCUUUCUGUGCACAUGUUCCUGCACGCAUGUUUCCAAAUGGUCCGUAUAUCAAGUGAGGAAAGCAGAUGUUCUCAUACAGCUGUGCACUGAUGCAGAGACUGUAACAGCCCAACAAAGCCCAUCAUAUUGGCUGAUUGGCCCAAGCCUCCCCCAGACGCAACAUUUCCGCUUUACAGGCGCUCUCCGUUGACUGAAGCUGCACUGCAUCUGCAGAGCUUCUUGGCAAGUGCAGCAGUUUAGCAGACAGCCAAAAGUCCUCCCGGUAUCAGCCCCUUUUCCUCUGCACUCACUUUCACAGAAAAUAAAACAUGGGUUUGACAUCUGGAAUUUGAUAUUGCAUGCAUCCAUCUGCAUGUGGAAAACAGAUUAGGAUUUUUUUUUUUUCCUCCAGCAUUUUCCCAAUGGUCCUUUGGGGCUAAUGCCUUUGAGAUGAACUUAAUCAGUGAGGCGGUGCUUCACAUGUCUGGAUCUUCUGGUUAAGAUGAGGCCCACCACCUUCCUACUUUGGCAUGCCGUCUGGAAGCUUUUCCACGAUGGUGAACCCGGAUUGUAUGUCAUCUUGAAGUGGUUUCCCAACCAUUCCAGACACUUAUGCAAGAUCAACCCAAAUAUGCAUGGUGGGAAAAAAAGCAUUACAAUGUAAAAAUAGGCGAUGUUGUUUUCUUCUUAGAUAUGAUGGUGCCAAUUAACACCAGAAAUUUAGGGCCAGAAGACACAUGUUGAGGUCAGUAUUUCAAAUGCUCAUCUUCAUCUGCUCAUUUUUUCUUUAUAUGGUUUCUCAGGUCAUUCCGAACUGCAAUUUUCCUCACUACUAACACACACACACACACUGCUGUUCCACUAUGUUUAUGACACAAACUCCAAAUGUAUGAUUUUCCUUCACAACAUCCACUUCCAAUGUGAGAGGAGGAUCAGGCUGUGGUUCAUAUUGACUCAAACAACAUCUGCCUGCAGCUCGUAUGUUCUUAGCAGUCUCUUUUAAGGUAAUGCAAUGAACACAGCACAAUCUGCCUGGGCUUUUCAUGUACAGUACAAUAUUAGAAUGCAUGUUUAGUCAACCAGAAAAGAAAGCAUAUGUGUGUGUAGUGUCUCAUCAGUUCUACAUAGUAUUGUGGUGUGAAGGAGGAGAGUGCCAGUGCACCACAGAAUCCCUACUCUCAUCUUCAGCACGGGCAUCGCCAAGGCCUGCUGGUAAAGCCAGGUGACAUCUUAACCUAUCUCUGGGAAUGCUUUGGAAAGCUCACUUCACAUCCCUCCUCCUGUUAGGAGUUCUGCCAGCACUGGUCAUUUUUUACGCACAUCCAACAGGUGAUUUCUAGAUUUCCUUCACUCUGAUGUUUUUUGGGUUAAAAAGAAAAAACACAAAAAACACACUUCUCGUCUCGACUUUGUUUUUUAAACCCUUUGAACGGAUGCUGCUUCUGUGCUUGACUCUGGGUUUACUGCGUGGUGCCAUGCUGUCCACAUGGCCUUUAGAGCUUGUAACGCUUAAGUGUGUAAUGUUACCAUAUGCCUUACAUGUUUUCCAGGACUAAUAAAAAAAAGCAUUAAAAAAAA